AUGGAUACUCAAUUCGAACCUUUAGAUAUCAUUGGUACUGGUUCAUUCGGUAUCAUUCGUAAAGUUAGAAGGAUUCAUGACGGUUUGAUUCUAGCUCGUAAAGAACUCAACUAUGGUAGAAUGGAUGAACGUGAUUUACGUCAACUUGGUGAAGAAGUUAAUAUUCUUCAAAACUUACGCGGUAAUGAUCAUAUCGUCAAGUAUUUUGAACGUUAUGUUGAUAAGCAGAACUUUAUGCUUUAUAUUUUGAUGGAAUAUUGCUCGCAAGGUGAUCUUGCUGCAGUCAUCUCUCGUUGUAGGAGAGAUCAAGUCCAUUUGAGCGAAGACACAAUAUGGUCCUAUCUAGCCCAAAUCACUACGGCACUUUUAGAUUGUCAUUCAGCGGAAAUGAGUUCUGAAGAGGGUGGAAAGAAGAAACCUAUCAUUCUACAUCGAGAUAUCAAACCUGAAAACGUUUUUCUCAAUCACUUUGGAUUAGUCAAACUUGGUGAUUUCGGUUUGAGUAAGGCAAUGGAAAUGGCUGCAUUCACAAAUACUUACGUUGGGACACCUUAUUACAUGUCACCGGAACUGAUCAACGGUCAGAAGUAUGAUGUCAAGUCAGACAUCUGGGCACUCGGCUGUCUGAUGUACGAAUUAUGUGCUUGGCAUCCACCCUUCCAUCAAGCUCAAACUCAACCUGAACUCGCCAAGUUGAUUCGAGAGGGCAAGAUUCCUAACUUGCCACGUGGUUAUUCAUCUCAGUUAACAGCUCUGAUCAAGUCUAUGUUACGACAAGAUGUGCGUGUUGAGAUAUGUUUCCUUUCCGCUCUCACGUACUGA